CACCAAACAACCAACCCGUUGAGCAUACAUCCCUCAAUUGUAGGGUAGGGGCAGCAUUGCAGCCGCAAGUAUCGCCGUUUGAAUACCCUAUCUACGAAAGCCCCGAACCGCUACAGCCAGAGUCGCCCGCGUCGUCCGUCGUUGAAAGCACACCACCAAGUCCAUUCGUGCUCGAGCCAUCUUAUCUCAGUACUCUACCGCCUUCUCCGCCUCUCUCGCGUCCACCAUCGUCUAUCUAUAACUAUUCUUGCAAGAUGUCCUCUCAAUUCCAGCAGUUGGAAAAGUUGGGUGAAGGAACCUACGCAACAGUCUACAAAGGCCGCAACCUGCGCACCGGCGAACUCGUCGCCCUGAAAGAAAUACACCUCGAUUCGGAGGAAGGAACACCCAGUACCGCAAUCAGAGAGAUCUCGUUGAUGAAAGAGUUGAAGCAUGAUAAUAUCGUGAGCUUGUAUGAUGUGAUUCACACGGAGAAUAAGUUGAUGCUUGUGUUUGAGUUUAUGGAGAGGGAUUUGAAGAAAUAUAUGGAUGUUGUCGGCAAAAAUGGACAAUUGCCGUCGCAGACGAUCAAGAGCUUCAUGUACCAGCUUCUGCUCGGUCUUGCGCAUUGUCACGAGAACCGCGUCUUGCACCGAGACCUGAAACCUCAGAACCUCCUCAUCAACUCCUCCGGCGCACUCAAACUCGCAGAUUUCGGUUUGGCCCGUGCAUUCGGUAUCCCCGUCAACACCUUCUCCAACGAAGUCGUGACAUUGUGGUACCGUGCCCCCGACGUCCUUCUCGGAAGCAGAAACUACAGCACCAGUAUCGACCUCUGGAGUUGCGGCUGCAUCAUGGCAGAAAUGUACAUGGGCAGACCACUAUUCCCCGGCACCACAAACGAAGACCAACUCCUCAAAAUCUUCCGCGUACUGGGCACCCCAACCGAACAAUCCUGGCCCGGCGUCUCCCAACUCCCGGAAUGGAACAAAGACGGCCGCAAGACCUGGGGUAACUGUCCCGGUGUCGGAGAUCUCUCGGGCAUUGUAACCCGCUGUGACGCCCUAGGAAUGGAUUUGAUGAAGCGCAUGCUAAUGCUCCCACCAAACCAGAGAAUUGACGCGAAGAGCGCGUUGAGGCAUCCGUGGUUUGCGGAGAUUACGAUGCCGCAGCAGCAGGCGCAGUUGGCUGCGCAGCAGGCUGCUCAGGCUCAGGCGCAGGCGGCGGCUCAGGCUCAGCAGGCGCAGAUGGCGGGUGCGGGUGUUGCUGUGGGAGGACAGGGGAGUAUGAGCAGUAUGGGUGCGGCGGCGUAUGCGCAGUAUCAGCAGCAGCUGCAGGCGCAGGCGGCGGCGCAGGCUCAGGCGAAGGGGAGAGGAUACUAUUAGAUGCGAAGGAGGGAUGGAGGAGUGUUGAGUGCCAUCUACUGGACUUUAUGGUGUCGCUGGAAGUAGGAUGGAAGGUGGAUGCUUUGGCUUUGUAAUUGAGAGGAUAUGGAUUGAAAGACGGAUUUGCAUUUUCGUUAUGGUGAACGAUAUUAUAGGUAGGAUAUACCGAUACUUAGCAAGCAGUUUCAUUUAGCAACUCACAAUGAAAGGUCCUCUCAAACG